UCCAGCAAGGAACACGCCAACGUGGCCUACCCAUUACACACGGGUCGGAAUCUCAUUGCGGAUAAGCCGACACCGCGACACUACUCCCCUCUCGUCGUUUCUUCAGCUUCACCGGAUACGGCUGCUGACCCACAACAUUAUCCGGCGACCAGUACCGUGCCACGAUACCAGACGCACUGAGCUGUUCAUCCCCUUCACUCAGCUAUUCAAGCACCCCACUUCACUCCACGGUAUAACAUUCUGGACUUAUCAAAGUGGCUAUGAUUGCGAAGAUUGCCAUUACCAAGCUUCUCAUCAUGGUACACCUUAUCUUCCGCCAACCGCUUGUGGGCCGCAAGAAGACUGGUCACAUCCUUGGUACUCUCGAACCAGUUCUUGCUGUACUAACCAUUGCAACGAAGAGAGUGAGAGCAUUGCAGACACCCCAUCUCGGCAAACUUCUCGGCAUAGCGAUGGGCACCUUCGGCAAGGUCAUUAUACCAAAUGAGUGGUUGACAAUCAAACCGCUGCGAGCAUUGUUAGGAGCUCCGAGGGCUUGGGCCGCCUCAGCGAGCCGCGCGAGGGUGGCCUCAUCUGAACUGGUUCGUAUAGGGCCGACGAAGGGUUAAACUGGUCGGCCUGGCGCCGGGCGUUGCUCGGCCAUGGUAUAUGGGUC